AUGUCCGCGGCCAAUACCGUGGUGGAGCUGGGUGGCCGCUCGCUGCUCUUGGACAAGAGCUCCUUCUGCGGUGGCAACAGCACCAAGGCCACCAGUGGCAUCAACGGGGCCGGUACGAAGACGCAGAAAACCAAGUCCAUCCCUGACAACGCGGAGAUUUUCAUCGCCGACACCCUGAAGGGUGGCGCCAAGAAGCCGGAGCUCGCGAAGGUGCUUUGUGCCAACAGCGCCGCAGACGUGGACUGGUUGGUGGACAAGUUCGACUUGGACUUGUCGCUGGUGGCACGCUUGGGUGGCCACUCCCAACCACGCACUCACCGUGGCAAGGAGAGGUUCCCUGGAAUGACCAUCACCUAUGCCUUGAUUCAGAUGCUCGAGAAGGUGGCCGAGAAGACCAACCGUGCUCGGAUCAUCACCAAGGCAGAGGUCUUCAAGCUGGUGCAGAGCGGACGCGCUGUGGUGGGUUGCGAGUACCGCAAGGCUGGCAAGGUGGUGAAGGAGUUCGGCCCCAUGGUCCUGGCCUCCGGUGGCUUCGGCGCCGACUUCGGCAGCGACUCCCUCUUGGCCACCUACCGCCCUGACCUCUUGCACUUGCCCACCACCAACGGCGAGCACUGCACCGGCGACGCCAUCAAGAUGGGCGAGGCGAUCGGUGCCGCGACCAUCGACCUCGAGUGGGUCCAGGUGCAUCCGACUGGCUUGGUGAAGCCGGAUGACCCAGAUGCCAAGGUGAAGUUCCUGGCCGCCGAAGCCCUGCGCGGCGUGGGCGGGCUGGUCUUGGACGCUAAUGGCCAGCGCUUCUGCAAUGAGCUGGGCCGCAGGGACUAUGUGACUGGAGAGAUGUGGAAGAACAAGCCCCCUUUCCGUCUGUGCCUGAACCGCGCUGCGGCCGAUGAGAUCAUCUGGCACGCGAAGCAUUACACGGGACGUGGUGUGAUGAAGUUCUACCCCACCGGUGAGGACUUGGCCAAGGACAUGGGUGUGCCCAUUCAGACCUUGAUUGACACCCACCAGAAGCACUUCGAAGCCGCCAAGAAGCAGGAGAAGGACCGACCCGAUGCCAUUGGAAGCAGCGCGUUUUCGUCGGUCCUGCAGACCUGCAGACUGGACGCUUGCGCCGACCCGGACGGUGGCCCUUUGCCAGCCUACCCCAGUGGUAAGACUUGGGAUGAGCCCAGUGGAAAGACCGGCAGCGGGAAGAAGUUCUUUCACAACAUCAUCGAUGGAUCCAAGGUUGCAUCUGAACCCUUUUAUGUGGCGAUCAUCACCCCUGUCAUCCACUACUGCAUGGGCGGGUUGGAGUGCACCGUGGACGCCGAGUGCAUUGACAAGACGGGCAAAGCGAUCCCCGGGCUCUACGUGGCUGGGGAGGCGGCCGGCGGCAUCCACGGGAACAACCGUUUGGGCGGUAACUCCUUGUUGGACUGCGUGGUCUUCGGCCGAGUCGCGGGCAAGGCCGCCUGUGACCUGGCCGUAGGGAUGCGAAUGGGUCGAAUGGGUUGGGUGAAGCGGGAGGUGCUUCACGGUGUCACCAAGGUGCAAGAGAAUCAAGCAAAUAUGGUGAACACUAUUUGA